UUAUAGAACCUCCUAAGUACGUUAUGUUAGCAUAUUUAAUAGAUUUUUAAAACUUGGGAAACCCUAGAAAAACUGCUAUUCAAUAAUGAUAAAAAGCAAUCCAUUAUACGUAAAACGAACCGCGAUUGACGUUUACAAAGUUGCCAUGCGUAAAGAUGAAAUCAGAGCAUAUUGAAUUUCGCUAUUUCAUAAACUCAUUUAUUUUAAUAUCUAUCAAUGAAAUAUUUUCCUUUCCAUUUCAAACAUUUUUAUAAGUAAAUAUAAAAAUCUACAUCCAAUCUAAAUCUACGUUUACAUGGAUUAUUAAUGAUAAUUAACAUUUUAACAAACUUGAAUAUUAUGGCAAUGUUGAACUGGCAUUUGUCUUGAUGACAUUGACAAUUAAUUUGUCAAUACUGGCGCAUUGCUGUUUGUUUCAAAUGCGAUGUUAUGAUGUGUUUGUUGAAUUUGAAGUUAUUUUAUUCAUCUGGUGAUACGCUGAGUUUGGCAACCGUUCCUCCGUAGCCCAAAUUGGUAUUAUUGGCAUCAUUGUUGUGACAAUUGCGAAAAGACACUUAUUUACAUUAUUUUGUGCAGUGUGUUGUUAUUUGUCGCGAUGAUGAAUUUACAGUGUAUUAAUUGCAUUCAGAGUUUGUCGCACAUGAGACGGCAUGCUCUAGAAAAUGAGAGUGAAGAUUAGACGUGGUCAACAAUAUCCCAAUGUGGACUUAUCCUAGAGAUAUCUCUCCUACCGACCAUAUUUGCAAUGCUUGCUGGCAAUUAGCAAUGUAUCGGGAUGUUGCUGAAAGUAUGUCCAGCAAACAAAUUGGUCACUGGCAUGUUUGUGUCGUAUAUGGUGCUCGAAAGCUUCACCCAAGCAGCCACGCAAGGCUGAUCAAGGCUCAGUAUCGCCCGCGCGUCGACUCGUACGCACGUGUCAUGGCCGCGUUCGCGCCCGUCCCGGCCCCGCGCAUGCGUCUCGCGCUGCACCCCCAUAAUAUUCAUACGACAAUAAAAGUGUACGCACGCUGCCUCAGGCCUGACAUUGAGUACAAAACGCUAUCGGUGACGUGGGGCACUCGGGCGCAGGAAGUGGUCUCCACACUCCUGGGCAAGUUCCGCAUGAGGCACAGAGACCCGAGGCUGUUUUACCUCAGCAUGGAGGUCAGAGUGAGGGCCGCGGGGUUAAGGACUACGCUGGUGUUGGAUGAUGAUGCAAGGCCCGCAGCGCUACAGGCGUGCCAUCCUAAAGGAUAUUCGAAGUUCCAACUUCAGAUGCGUCCUGGUGGUUUGAUCAAGAUCUACGACUCAGCGCUAAUGUCUUCCUCGCAGUACAAGUGCCUGCUGACCAGCGAAAGGACCACGGCAGACGAGGUGUUGGCCAUCUUGCUACAUUGCUACGAUUCCAAUGAGGGUGUCGAGAGGUUCUCGCUCUAUGAGGUCAGUCCCUCGCAGGAGUACGAGCGAAAGUUACACCCUGAUGACCUUCCCCUGAUGGUGCAACGCGCCUGGCCUGUGGACAGCGACUGCCACUUCAGGGUACGGAGGAACCCGAGAGCACCUCCCCUCCCGCCUCGCAGUCUGCCUCCUCCCGAAGAAACCCCCUCCGAAGACGAGGAACCUUCCAGAGCAUUAUCAGCUCUCUCCCUCGAAGCUGAAGGCGAGAAGAGAAGAUAUAGCCCCGUCUACAAGUUCCCCAGCAUCAGCUACUGUAGGGAAACCAAGAAUGACUAUUUGUACAUCUGACUAGCCGUGUACUUAGCCAGGUUUAGACGAUUAAAGUGCCGCGCCAAAGGCCGCAAGCACCUGGAUGGGAUAGUGAGAAAGCGACUCUUGUGAAGUGUAAAUAACGUACAGUUUUGUGUAAAGUGUAAAUAUGGAUUAUGGAUUGCUGAGGUGUUUGGUGUAAGCUUUGGGCCCUCUCUGAUGGAACUGAGUGAAUUGUUGUGGAAGGCAUAAUGACCAAGGUCCUUUAGGACCACGGCUUUGUGUCAUUAGUUGGAAAAUGGAAAUUUGGAAGGAUUUUUGGUAUAAGAAUCUCCGAAGAAUAGUUUCAGUCAGCUAGGGUUCUCAGUGAGUGUGAAACCAAAGAGUUGUUGCAAUAAUGUUUGUAAUUAACCUAAAGAGGCAGUUAUUAAUAAGUCAUAGAAAGAUCCAGAAUGUUGUCAGUAUUCAAAGUUAUCUGGAGUAAUCCAGACUGGAGUAAAUCGUAAAUAUGACUUCAAAAUAUAUACAGGAACACUAUAAUAUCAAUUAAAUACAUUGCAAGAAGUCACAAGUGAAUUGAUAGUACCUAAGAUGGUCAUAGCUUUUGCCAUUGUAUAACUUUAAGGCGCAACUGAAAGUGAAUGACAGAAAGAGCCUAUAUCUUGUAUAUUUGUGAUGUAGAAAAUGCUUCGAUGCUGUUUUUAUUAGCGACGAGAAACGAAGACAAUGCUGUUUGUUGAUGUGAAAACUGAAAAACUAUAUUUUGUAUAAGGAAUAGAGCUAAAAUAAGAUUUUGUACCUAAAGCAAAUCUCUCUGGUGUAGGUACUUUCUAUUGCAAGACGCAUCAAACUAUAUUCUGGAUAAUUUUUAUGGAAUCUGGAUUAUUUCUUAAUUU